ACUGUCAAUUGACAUUUCGAACAAAACGAAGGAAGCACAGGGAAAAACACAUACACAAGCGACACAAGAAAAGCAGACAACAUCUCAGCAUAAAGAAAGACGAUAUAAAUCCUAAAAUACACAAAUCCCUUUCGCUCGGUUUGGCUCCAUAUCCUGCUCCAUCUACAGUCGUCCCACAGAGCCCACCUGCCCACCAGCAGUGAGUGUCAUAUUGUUGUGAAAAACACACACAGGGGGGAAAAACAUCAUUCAUUCAAGAAGGAACCGUGUCCGCCACAGAAACGCCUGGCGCCUUCCUUCCUUCCAUUCGAACCAGGAAAUGUGCUGUCCGGAUCACAAGGAAAACCCAACACAUCCGUAGAGCAUGAAAAGCCUACGUUGUAGCAAUCGUCAUCGACUAACAACAGCUGCUUACCUGUCUGCUGCUGCCGCUGAAGCGCAGUUGGCUAUCUGCUUUGCUGCACGCGAAAUUGCUGUCCGUUGAUUGGCUCUGUGUGUGAUUGGCAAACGAAAAUCUGCACAAUUCUUGUUCCGUGUGUUUGCUGCGCCUACAAAUUCACCCGUUGUAAAAAAAAACCACGUACCGUCCAGAUACUGAUACUAAGCGGGAUUCCAGAGUUCCCUCUCAGUUGAAUCAGAUUUGUUCCCGUUCAAACUGUAAUCGUGCAUCGUGCAAGAGUGUGCCCCCUUCCCAUUGACGGUUUCUGAAAAAAAAGCCUCCCUUUCAGACGACAAUAUUACUCCUGUGUAGAAUACUCCUCCUCACACAUUAGCACACACACCCACAUCGCCGUGCGGUAUUCAGUCUCGGAACCCACGUACCCGCACGCAAAAUUGUUCCCACGCGUGCGUAUGUGUGCGUGCGUCUGAGCCGGAGCAGGUGGUUGAAUGUGUGAUGUUCUCAAACGGGCUUCCGUGCAAUUUACCAUUCCCUAGCUGUCUCGGUGUGCCAAAGGAUAGUGGAAGCGACGAGCUGCUGCCGACGAGCAUGGGAAGCCGCGAACCCGUCAUUCUCAAUGUGUACGAUAUGUACUGGAUCAACGAGUAUACCACCUCGAUCGGCCUAGGUGUGUUCCAUUCGGGUGUGGAGGUGUUCGGUACGGAGUUUGCCUACGGUGGCCAUCCGUUCCCGUUCACCGGUGUGUUCGAAAUAUCGCCCCGGGAUCACGACGAGCUGGGUGACCAGUUUCGGUUUCGACAAAGCAUUCAGAUCGGAUGUACAGAUUUUACCGAGGAAGAGGUGCGACGCAUCGUAGAGGAGCUGGGCAACCAGUUCCGUGGCGAUCGGUACCAUCUAAUGAACAACAACUGCAAUCACUUUUCCGGCGCAUUGACACAGAUCCUUUGCGGCCAGGAAAUCCCUAGCUGGGUGAAUCGGUUAGCACACUUUAGCUCGUGCGUACCCUUCCUUCAACGCUGCUUACCAAAAGAAUGGCUAACGCCCAAUGCCUUACAACAAUCGAUAACCGCCAUACAGGAUCGUGACUCCGAUUCGAGCCCAUUUUGAGAGUAGCACCGUACGGCGAACCGUAAUGACGAUACCUCUACCACUCCACCACUCUACUUCUCUAAUGUGUACCCUUUUCCAACCAAACCCACAGAGGAACCGUUUUUUUCCUUUAAUUUAAAAUUAAGCUCCGCAGCACUAAGGGGCCCGUUACUUGCCGAUUCUCGAUACUUUUCGGUUAAAAACCAGGUUUUUGUUUUAGGAUGAGUUUUAGGCUCUUUUAACCUUCUGAUUAUGAUAAGCAGUAAGAGAACUUGACCACCCGGGGAACGAUUAAAAUUGGUAAAGGGACAAGCAUCGUUUACUUUACCUUCUGCAAACAUUGGUGCAGAAAUACGGCCUAUACGUUUGAGAAGAACUCCUACCCGUGAUCGUUAGCGUUGUAUUGUUUUUUAACAGUUUAACAUCUUUUACCUCCACCGUCAUUUCACAGAUUUCAUUAGAACGAAAAGAAAAGAAACAAAAAACGACGAGUGAGAAGAACACCAUUCGCCCUGUUGAUCCUCAUUUUUGAGUUGUUGGAGAUUGUAAAGCAAGUGUCCACAUGGUUAACACAACGUGAGGGCAUUCGUUCGCAAGUAGAGUAAUUUUGUGCACUAAAACCCCCAAUUUUACCCGGAACCGUAGCAGCAGCAGCAGUGUCCGUGUGGAGUACGGCAGCUACAACAAAAAAAACCCUCGUCUUCAGAAGUAAAACAGUAAACGUAAAACAAAAACUCCAUAGACUGUCGAAAGAGAUUGCGUUUUUUGUUGUUGUUUUGUUUUUAGGAAGCUCUCAUCAGAUAGGAUAAUGUUAAUAACCAAAAACAAAACGAAGAAGAUAUUACUUUGAUGAUUCUCAGCAAAGUCCCCCUAUCCUUAGUUUAUUCGGGAAAUUGAACUGAACCGUGUUGGUUGGUUUGUUAUAGUAGCAAAUCGUGUAAUAAAACUGUGUAAAUUAGUUCGAAAACCCCUCCCGACAACCCCCGAGUGUGGUCGGAUGUGAGGUAAAGCUUUAUGGCGAGGACGAAAGACGACAGAAGGUAACUACUAACGCAAAACCACAAAUAAUCUAAAAUCGUUACUAUAAAAGAGAAAAAUACUACCUAAACUAAGAAGCAACCAGCUGUUUGUUGUGUGAGAGAAUACUACUUACUAAUCGCGAUAGUGUGGUGUGUGGCAAGGUGAGACAGGAGGAGCGUAUUAAAAAUCGAACGUAAAGAAGUAAAGGAAACACAGCAUAAAAGUAGACAAAAAAAAAAAGCAGAAGAGGUUAACUAAGCGGUCGUCCCACGGUCUUGGCAUCGGGGACCGGUGCGAUAUAUAGAUAUUUAACAUACACCGUCAACUUACGAACUUUAUAGAGUGAUGCAUAGAGUAUAGUGUGGUAUGGUUUUUGUUUUUUUUUUUUGCGGUCGGAAGACGACGGACCUCCAUCAUCGUCCGACGCGCGUUGAGCUACCAGCGGAUCAUCGAUCGACAGAUAAUAAUCGUGUUAACGGGGGGGAAGAUUGGGGACGGACGGACGUAACAGAUCUUUACAGAGUUUAACUAACUAAAACCUACUCCACUCGUUCGGGGGUUCCUCCCCAAGCAAUCCCCAACUCCAAUCAAAGCAAACUCCAGCCUCCAGUGUAGAGAAGAUCGAGCGAGAUGUUAUUCCAAAUUGUUCUGCCAUAGGAUUUAAGCAACAGCAGCAGACAGGCAGGCAGGCUGGUAUUGAUAUUAUUGAAGCACACACACACACACACAUACACAAACCAACAGGACAAAACACCACAAAUGUACCGGAGAGGACACUAAGAGCUGACUGACUUGGUUGGCUGGCUGGCCGGGGGGCAGAGAAAAAAGUAUUAUCUUACUCCUUUUUUUUAUCUACUACUAAGUCCCGCAACACCACGUCUCACUACGUUUGGUCCGGGGCAUUAUGAUCAUUAGUUAUCCGACGGCCGGGAGUAACAACAUGUGUCCAGCUAAAAGAUAUUGCAGAACAUUACACAAACAAGCAAACAAUCAGAAGUAGUAGUUUGUAGAACGAAACGAAACGAAAUGGAGAGGUCGGUAGAAAAUGUGUCUGUGUUUCACUGUUUGUGUUUUUUUUUUCUACUGAUAAUACUGAUAUUCAGUUACACGUUUUUGUGUGUGCCUCUUUACAACCUGCCGAAGCGGGCUACAGCCCAACUGUUAUAGAAGGAAAAAAAAACCCAAAAUGGCCCCCACGGACAGUAGCGCUAGUAACAUACUGUUUGCGCUCUCACUCACUCUCUUUCUCCUUCCUCCAGCAACCUACUAGCAAUUAGUAAGUAAAGUCAGGUUAUAAGUGAGACGAACAAUGGAGAGGCGGUGUAAUACAAACAAACCAAACCACUCAAAA